GAUGUGGAAGAGAAUCAGAAGGUGAAAACUCAGUGGCCGAGGUCGGCGGACGAACCCGGGGUUUAUAUGGCCCAGACAGGAGACCCCGCCGCGGAGGAGUGGUCCCAGUGGAGCGUCUGCUCCCUGACGUGUGGGCAGGGCUCCCAGGUGCGCACACGCUCCUGCGUCUCGUCUCCCUACGGGACGCUGUGCAGCGGGCUGCUGCGGGAGACGCGGAUAUGCAAUAACACCGCCACCUGCCCAGUGCACGGCCUGUGGGAGGAGUGGUCCCCGUGGAGUCUGUGCUCCGUGACCUGCGGGCGAGGGGCCAGGACGAGAACCCGGCAGUGCGUAGCCCCGCAGCACGGCGGGAAGGCCUGCGAGGGCCCCGAGGUGCAGACUAAGCCCUGCAAUAUCGCAAUCUGCCCUGUGGAAGGUCAGUGGCUGGAGUGGGGCUCGUGGAGCCGGUGCUCGGUGUCGUGUUCCAACGGGACCCAGCAGCGCACGCGCAAAUGCAGCGUCUCGGGCCACGGCUGGGCGGAGUGCAAAGGAGCCCACGCCGACGCCAGGGAGUGCACCAGCCCUGACUGCCCAACCGAUGGCAAGUGGGGCCCGUGGAACCACUGGAGCUUGUGCUCCAAGACGUGCGACACGGGCUGGCAGAGACGUUUCCGGAUGUGCCAGGGCACGGGCAUGCAAGGCUACCCGUGUGAGGGCUCCGGAGAGGAGGUCAAGACGUGCAACGAGAAGAAGUGCCCAGCCUACCAUGAAAUGUGCAAGGAUGAGUAUGUCCUGCUGAUGACCUGGAAGAAGACGGCCGCUGGCGAGAUCAUCUACAACAAGUGCCCACCCAACGCCACCGGAUCCGCCAGUCGCCGGUGCCUGCUGAAUGCCCACGGGGUGGCGUACUGGGGCGUGCCCAGCUUUGCCCGGUGCAUCUCGCACGAGUACAGAUACUUACAUCUCUCACUGCGGGAGCACCUGGCCAAGGGGCAGCGCAUGCUGGCGGGCGAGGGCAUGUCGCAGGUGGUGCGCAGCCUGCUGGAGCUGAUGGCCCGCAGGACGUACUACAGCGGGGACCUGCUCUUCUCGGUGGAGAUCCUGCGCAACGUCACCGACACCUUCAAGAGGGCCACCUACGUCCCCUCCUCCGACGACGUGCAGCGCUUCUUCCAGGUGGUCAGCUACAUGGUGGACUUGGAGAACAGAGACAAGUGGGAGGACGCCCAGCAGGUGUCCCCUGGCUCCGUGCACCUCAUGAAGGUGGUGGAAGAUUUCAUCCACCUGGUGGGGGACGCGCUGAAGGCCUUCCAGAGCUCCCUCGUGGUUACCGACAACCUGGUGAUCAGCAUCCAGAGAGAGCCCGUCUCAGCCGUCUCCAGCGACAUCAACUUCCCCAUGAAGGGGCGCCGGGGCAUGAAGGACUGGGCCCGCCAUUCGGAGGACAAGCUCUUCAUCCCCAAGUCGGUGUUGAGCCUCUCCUCCUCUGAAAUGGACGAGUCGUCGUACUUUGUGAUCGGGGCCAUCCUGUACCGCACUCUGGGGCUCAUCUUACCUCCUCCCAGGAGCCCCUUGGCCGUCACGUCCCGCGUGCUCACCGUGACCGUGCGCCCGCCGACCAAGCCCACGGAGCCCCUGAUCUCAGUGGAGCUGUCCCACAUGCUCAAUGGCACCUCGCACCCACAGUGCGUCACCUGGGACUACUCCAAAGCGGAUGCGGGCUCUGGAAACUGGGACACCGAGAGCUGCCAAACGCUGGAGACCCUCCCGGCUCACACCAAAUGCCUGUGUAGCCACCUCUCCACCUACGCCGUCCUCGCCCAGCUGCCCAAGGACCUGGCCAUGGACCCCUCGGGCACUCCCUCCGUCCCGCUCAUGAUCGGCUGUGCCGUCUCCUGUAUGGCCCUGCUGACCCUGCUGGUGAUCUACGCCACCUUCUGGAGGUUCAUCAAGUCGGAGCGCUCCAUCAUCCUGCUGAAUUUCUGCGUCUCCAUCCUGGCUUCCAAUGUGCUGAUCCUGGUGGGCCAAUCCCAUAUGCUCAGUAAGGGCGUGUGCACCAUGACAGCCGCAUUUCUGCAUUUCUUCUUCCUCUCGUCCUUCUGCUGGGUGCUGACCGAGGCCUGGCAGUCCUACCUGGCCGUGAUCGGCAGGAUCCGCACACGCCUGGUCAGGAAGCGCUUCCUGUGCUUGGGAUGGGGUUUGCCAGCCCUGGUGGUUGCAGUCUCUGUCGGCUUCACUCGGACCAAAGGCUACGGAACAGCGAGCUACUGCUGGCUGUCCCUGGAAGGCGGGUUGCUCUAUGCCUUCGUCGGCCCCGCUGCCGUCAUCGUGCUGGUGAACAUGCUCAUUGGGAUCAUUGUCUUCAACAAGCUCAUGUCUCGGGACGGCAUUUCAGAUAAGUCCAAAAAGCAGCGGGCCGGGGCGUCGCUGUGGAGCUCCUGCGUGGUCCUGCCCCUGCUGGCGCUGACCUGGAUGUCGGCCGUGCUCGCCAUGACUGACCGGCGCUCCAUCCUCUUCCAGGUCCUCUUCGCCGUCUUCAACUCGGUGCAGGGCUUCGUCAUCAUCACCGUGCACUGCUUCCUACGCCGAGAGGUGCAGGAUGUCGUGAAGUGCCAGAUCGGGGUGUGCAAGAGCGACGAGAACGAGAACUCGCCCGACUCUUGCAAGAACGGACAGGUGCAGAUCAUGACAGACUUUGAAAAGGAUGUUGACCUGGCGUGUCAGACAGUCCUCUUCAAGGAGGUGAACGCGUGCAACCCCGCCACCAUCACGGGCACCUUGUCGCGCAUCUCCCUGGACGGCGACGAGGAUCCCAAGCUCCACCCCGGCUCCGAGGGAAGCCUGGGCUUCUCCAGCCUCCCAGGGAACAUCCCGCCCACCGGCAUCCUGGUGCAGGUGCCCACGCUGACGCACAAGGGCCUGAACGAACUCAGCGACCCACCCGCCAAGAAGGACGUCAACCUGGACAGCCGGGGGCCCGUCUACCUGUGCACAGACAGCAACCUGCGGCAGGCCGACUACGGCUGGAUGCGGGCGCCGGAGCCGGCACUGGAGAGCGACUACAUGGUGCUGCCCCGCCGGACUGUGAGCCUCAAACCCUUCGGCAGGGAGGAGGGCAGGCUCAACAUCAAGGUGGAUGAGGUGCCACACGUGGGCAAGGGGCGCCGUGGGGCCGAGGCGGAGGCCUACCCCGGCUUCGUCUCGGUGGACCACAUCAAUGUGAACUUGAACCAGCCUUACGGGACGGUGAAGCACCCGUACGGCCUUCAGUUCAAGCAGCACCCCACGGUCCGGCAGAUUCUGGCCUCGGAGCUCACAGAGCGUAGCCGCACCAUGCCGCGCACGGUGCCGGGCUCCGCCCUGAAAGUGGGGUCGCUCGAGAGGAAGCGGUUACGAUACUCAGAUCUGGAUUUUGAGAAAGUCAUGCACACGAGGAAGCGCCACUCCGAACUCUACCAUGAGCUGAACCAGAAAUUCCACACGAUGGAUCGGUACCGGGCACCUGCUACCAAUGCUGCCAAGAGAGAGAAGCGGUGGAGCGUCUCUUCCGGUGGCGGGGAGAAGAGCACAUCCAGCGAAGUGACCAGUCCGGAGGAGCAGCAGCAGCAGAAGACCUGGAGCACCUUCAAGGCCAUGACGCUCAGCUCCCUGCCCCCCAAGCAGCGGGAGAAGCUGGAGCUGCACUGCGCCACCUGGGAGCCCCCGUGCAUGAACCUGGACGUGUCAGAAGGGGAUUUCCAGACGGAGGUGUGAGCCGGGCCCGGCCCGGGCAGCCCCACGCUGCAGAAGGGAAAAGCAAACAAAAGGACAAUCGGAUUUUGUUUCCCUUUUGUGGGGGGUUGUUUUCCUCGUUUGGCCAUUGGACUCUGCUCCCCGUGCCAGGGGGGCCGUGCCCUCCCCGGCGCACCAUCCUCCUUUCGCCUUUUGUUGUGGGCUUUCUUUUCUUCUCUUCCCUUCCGACGUCGUCACCGCCGGGGGACUCGCCCCCCUGGAGACACACCCACACGCCCGCGGAUGUAGGGUCACGCGCACGCCAACCGGCCUCCCACCUGCUCCUGCCUGGGCAGUGCCACCAGCCCCGCUCUCUGCGGGUGCUGGCAGGACCCGACUUGUGUGCGGGGGCCGGGGAGCCGGCUCGGAACUCUUUUGUACCUGGGCAUCUCUUCACGCAGUGCACCGUGUGCACCUGGGAAUGACGCCCACACCCACUGACGCAGCCCCGCCCCCUGCCCGCCGCGGGGGGCGCCCGCCCCACCACUCGCUGCCCCCGGCACCAUUCUUCCUAGUCACACUUCUGCUCGGCCUGCUCCCCCCAGACGGGAGGGGGCUCUCUCCAUCCCCUAGACCCCAGAGCCCACCUUGGGAGGGGCCCCUCCCCUCCCCACACCCCCCUUUCUAUCUCAUGGGGCAGGCGCUGUCUUUGUUGAAAAUAAAA